UUAAGCCAUGCACGUCUAAGUGUGAACACUUUGCACUGUGAAACUGCGAAUGGCUCAUUAAAUCAGUUAUCAUUUAUUUGGUGGUCUCCUUACCACUCGGAUAACCGUGGUAAUUCUAGAGCUAAUACGUGCAGCAUAUCCCGACUUCUGGAAGGGAUGUAUUUAUUGGAUAAAAGGCCGAUCCGGGCUUGCCCGUUGUUGCGGCGAAUCAUGGUAACUUGUCGAAUCGCAUGGGCUUUGAGCCGGCGAUGUUCCAUUCAAAUUUCUGCCCUAUCAACUUUCGAUGGUAGGAUAGAGGCCUACCAUGGUGCCCCAAUUGGGUGGUAAGUCCCAUCCAAGGCUAAAUAUGUGCGAGGGACCGAUAGCGAAGAAGUACCGCGAGGGAAGGAUGAAAAUAACUUUGAAAAGAGAGUUAAAGAGUGCUUGCAAUUGUCGAGCGAGAAGCGGAUGGAGGGGAAGUCGUGCGCUCACGUUUGGGCAGGGGUGGACGGCGACUGUGUUGUCGCCCCCCUUGUUGGACGUGGGGUGCCUGCCAGCAUGGGCUGCUGUGACCGGCAUUGCGGUGGGGAGCGAUUGAAACCCCCCACGGGUGGCCGUCACGGCAGUCGAGGACCUUGAGCACGCGCCUCUUUCGGCGGUCCCGUUCGAGCUCUUGCGUGUUCGGGAGGCUGGCGAAAUUCCUCUAUCCUGCCCAUCUUGAAACAUAGACCAAGAAGUUCAACGUGCAUGGGAGAUAGGGUGAUUAGCCUCUGAGGCGGAAGAAACCUGAGUCGCGAGAACCCUCUACGGGUGCACCGUCCGCCAACCACGAUCUGCUGUGAGAGGUUUGAGUGUGAGCAUGCCCGUUGGGACCCGAAAGAUGGUGAACUAUGCCUGAACAGGGCGAGGCCUGAGGAAACUCUGGUGGAGGCUCGCAGCGAUGCUGACGUGCAAAUCGUUCGUCGGACUUGGGUAUAGGGGCGAAAGACUAAUCGAACCGUCUAGUAGCUGGUUCCCUCCGAAGUUUCCCUCAGGAUAGCUGGAGCUGUUGAACNGUUUUAUCGGGUAAAGCGAAUGAUUAGAGGCCUCGGGGGUGAAACACCCUCGACCUAUUCUCAAACUUUAAAUAGGUAAGGUUUCGGGGUUGCUUAAGGGAACCCCGAGGAUCAAUGAAAGCUCSAAGUGGGCCAUUUUUGGUAAGCAGAACUGGCGAUGCGGGAUGAACCGAAAGUCGAGCCACGGUGCCAAACUGCGCGCUAACCCAGACACCACAAAGGGUGUUGAUUGAUACACACAGCAGGACGGUGGUCAUGGAAGUCGAAAUCCGCUAAGGAGUGUGUAACAACUCACCUGCUGAAUCAAUUAGCCCCGAAAAUGGAUGGCGCUGAAGCGUGCGACCUAUGCUCGGCCGUCGCGGCGAUUCUAACUCCGCGACGAGUAGGAGGGCGCGGGGCCUGCUGCGAAGCCUGGAGCGUGAGCCUAGGUGAAGCGGGUCUCGGUGCAGAUCUUGGUGGUAGUAGCAAAUAUUCAAAUGAGAACUUUGAAGACCGAAGUGGAGAAGGGUUCCAUGUGAACAGCGCUGGGACAUGGGUCAGUCGCCCCGAAGAGAUGUGGAAACCUUGUAUCAAGGGCGCACUGCGCGCCACACAUUGAAAGGGGGUCGGGUUAAUAUUCCCGAACCGGGUUGUGGAGGUGGACGGUAACGUAAGCAGCUCCGGAGAUGCCGGCGGGGGCCGUGCGAAGGGUUCUCUUUCCUUCUUGACGACUCGCCCACCCUGGAACCGGAUCAACUGGAGAUAGGGUGCAGCGCCCGGCAAAGCACCGCGCGUCCUGUGGUGUCCAGCGCGCCCCCGACGGCCCUUGAAAAUCUGGAGCUGUGGGUACCUCUCACGCCCGGCAGUACUCGUAACCGCAUCAGGUCUCCUAGGUGAGCAGCCUCUGGUCAAAGGAAGAAUGUAGGUAAGGGAAGUCGGCAAUAUGGAUCCGUAACCUUGGGAAAAGGAUUGGCUCUGAGGGCUGGGCCUAGGGGUCUGCGCCUCGAUGUCGUUGGCUGCCGGUGGUCCGCCUGAGUUGCUCUCGCGGCGAGGGCGGAGCCCUCGUGCUAGUGUGCCGACGUGCGUAGAAUGUCUUAUGUCCCCACCUUUCGGGUGGGGCCGUGGGACUCUCCCUAAGCAUCAAACUGCCGACUCAGAACUGGUGCGGACAAGGGGACUCCGACUGUUUGAUUUAAACAAAGCAUCGCGAUGGUC